UAGCGCUCACGUCGUAAAAUUUGCGUCGCGCGUCAAUCGCUCCGUGCUUUUCACUCACGUGAAAGUCAUAAUUCGGCGUCUCGUUUGCGCUUCGAAUUUUAUCCAUAUCGUACCGACGCGCUGCGCGCUCUUAAUAUACUUUUAUGUAAAUUAUAUGUGCUCGUAUAGUUUCAGUGUAUCAAAAGUGUAUGGAUAUAGCGAUGGCAGGAUUAGGAGGUUCAAGGAUGACUUCAUGUUCGGAGCUUCCACGGCCGCCUACCAAGUUGAAGGGGCUUGGGAUUUAGAUGGUAAAGGUGAAAGCAUCUGGGACAGAUUCCUUCACCAAAAUCCAGAAAUCAUACCUGACGGAGAGGGCGGUGAUGAAGCCUGCGACUCCUACCACAACUACAAGAGAGAUGUGGAGAUGUUGAGAGAACUGGGCUUGGAUUACUACAGGUUCUCUAUCUCCUGGCCGAGGAUACUGCCUCAGGGUUUCGCUAACAAUAUAAACAAGAAAGGUCUUGAAUACUACGACAACUUGAUCGAUGAGCUGCUCAAAUAUGACAUCAAACCAAUGGUCACAAUGUUCCACUUCGAUUUACCCCAAACACUGCAAGACUUGGGCGGUUGGGCAAAUCCUAACAGCGUGCAAUGGUUCGAGGAAUACGCUAAAGUGAUCUUUAAACAGUAUGCCCAUAAGGUUCCAUAUUGGAUAACAGUUAACCAGCCAAAUUUUAUAUGCGUGGAUGGGUAUGGGGGAAAGGAAAAUGCCCCAGGGAUAGGAUCUAGUGGUAUUGGGGAUUAUAUGUGCAUCAAGAAUGUCAUGCUAGCACAUGCUAAGGCGUAUAGAUUGUAUGAGAAAGAGUAUAAAAAACAAUUUAAUGCUGACGUUGGUAUUUCCCUCGCACUAAGCUGGGUGGACCCACUAAACAAUAUCACAGAAAAUGUCGAGGCGGCUGAUAUAUACAGAGAUUUUACAAUAGCAAUGUACGUGAAUCCGAUCUGGUCUAAAGAAGGGGACUUCCCGCGUACAGUCAAACGUCGAGUCCUGGAAAGAAGCACGGCGCAAGGUUUCCCGGAGUCUCGGUUCCCUGUUCUCAGCCCGGAGGAGAUUCAACUUUUGAAAGGUUCCGCGGACUUCAUGGGCGUGAACCACUACACCACGUUCCUGGUGAAGCCCUCGGAGAAGCAGUACCCGGUGCCGUCGUUUGAGGAUGACGUCAACGUCACGCUUACCUACAGACCUGAGUGGAAGCAGGCGCAGUCAAAAUGGCUCAGGAGUGCUCCGUAUGGCAUUUACAAACUAUGUCUAUACCUCAACAAGGAGUAUGACUAUCCUUUGAUGAUCAUCACCGAACAUGGGUGGUCCACCAAGAAGGUGCUAAAGGAUCGCUCCCGAGUGAGGAAUAUGAGGGAGUUCUUCAAGGCUCUACUCCUGGGUAUAGAGGAUGGCGCCAGGGUCAAAGGUUAUACGUCUUGGAGUCUCAUGGACAAUGUAGAGUGGAGUGCUGGAACUAGUGAACGUUUCGGUCUCUACGACGUGGACUUCGAGUCCAGCAAAAAGACGAGAACAGCCAGGCUAUCGGCAUUAGUGUACAAGCGAAUAAUCGAGCAGAGAAUUGUCGAACCUCACUGGAUACCAAAUAGUUUGAACAUAUCUAUUACUAAGCGAUCAAACGCCCAAAGAAACGAUAUAGAACCUUAUUUUGUUUUCAUUAUUAACUACCUAUUCAAAAACAUACUUCUAAGUUAA